AUGGAGAGCAGUCAUGGCUCCUCCUUUUCUAGCUGGAAUUCUUACCUUCAAGCCCUGGCCCAGACUCCUGCCCGUCUAGCCAGGCGGGCUGGUUCAGUCUCAACUUGUUAUGAAGAAAUGAGCCGUGUCAAAGCCAGGUCUGGUUCUGACAUGCAAAGAACACUUCGUUGGUACGACCUUGUUGGGUUUGGCAUCGGUGGGAUGGUUGGUGCUGGUGUUUUUGUCACCACUGGUCAUGCUAGCCGUCUCUACGCUGGCCCAUCAGUUAUUAUCUCCUAUGCCAUUGCUGGCCUUUGUGCCCUCCUCUCUGCCUUUUGUUACACUGAGUUUGCCGUCGACAUGCCGGUCGCCGGCGGUGCUUUCAGUUAUCUGCGUGUCACUUUUGGUGAAUUUGCAGCGUUUUUGGCCGGUGCAAAUCUUAUAAUGGAUUAUGUCAUGUCAAACGCGGCUGUUGCUAGAGGCUUCACUGCUUACUUAGGCUCAGCGAUUGGCAUCUCUACAUCAAAAUGGAGACUUGUUGUCCAUGGACUACCUGAUGGCUUCAAUGAAAUUGAUAUUUUUGCCGUUCUUGUUGUCUUAGGCAUUACUCUCAUCAUCUGCUACAGUACAAGAGAGAGCUCAGUGGUGAACAUGGUGUUAACAGCUUUACACAUUCUGUUCAUUGGAUUUGUGAUACUAAUGGGAUUUUGGAAAGGAGAUUGGAAAAAUUUUACAGAACCUGCUAACCCAAAUAACCCAUCUGGGUUUUUCCCAUUCGGAGCUCCUGGUGUGUUCAAUGGAGCAGCAAUGGUGUAUUUAAGUUAUAUUGGAUAUGAUGCUGUUUCUACUCUAGCUGAAGAAGUCCGUAACCCAGUUAAGGAUAUCCCUAUUGGAGUUUCAGGCUCUGUUAUAAUUGUCACCAUUCUUUAUUGCCUCAUGGCUGCUUCCAUGUCCAUGCUCCUCCCUUAUGAUAUGAUUGAUGCAGACGCACCAUUCUCAGCAGCAUUUAGAGGGAAAUCAGACGGAUGGAAAUGGGUGUCAAAUGUGAUAGGGAUGGGGGCCAGCUUUGGGAUUCUUACAUCAUUACUAGUUGCAAUGUUGGGACAAGCUAGAUACAUGUGUGUGAUCGGACGGUCCAAUGUUGUCCCUGCUUGGUUCGCUAGGGUCCACCCAAAGACAUCAACGCCUGUUAAUGCUUCCGCAUUUCUUGGAAUCUUCACUGCAGCAAUUGCGCUUUUCACUGAUUUAAAUGUCCUCCUCAAUCUUGUAUCAAUCGGGACACUGUUUGUCUUCUACAUGGUGGCUAAUGCUGUAGUUUACAGACGUUACGUUGCGAUAGGGACGACUAAUCCAUGGCCUACGCUAUCCUUUCUGUGCUCAUUUUCCUUCACCUCUAUCCUCUUCACUCUCAUUUGGCAUUUCAUGCCUCAAGGACAGGGAAAAGCCUUUAUGCUCGGCGCCUGCGCGGUGAUAGCCAUCGCUAUAACACAGCUCUUUCAUUGCAUUGUGCCACAGGCAAGAAAGCCUGAAUUUUGGGGAGUCCCAUUGAUGCCAUGGAUACCAUGUGUAUCUAUCUUCUUGAACAUAUUCUUAUUGGGGUCUCUUGAUGGUCCAUCCUAUGCGAGGUUCGUCUUCUUUUCAGCUCUUGCUGUGCUUGUAUAUGUUCUGUACAGUGUCCAUGCUAGCUUUGAUGCUGAAGGGGAAGGCUCUUUCGGUCAAAAGAAUGGUGAGAUUAUGAAGGAAUCAGGAGAAAGUGAUCAGGACCCUAUUUUUAAAGUGUAA